CGGUGUAUCUUCAUUAUUGUGGCGUUUACAUCUCCGUUAUGGUGCUAUGCAUUUGCAUGAGGUGCUGACAUCCCUAUAGAUGCCCUGUAUAUGGUUUGGAGACUACCAAAUGUAGCACCCGCUCAGCACAUAUAAACUUCGGCACUGCGACGCAUUCACCAUCUCUUCAGAAACUGCACGCUCACAGUUGCAAUGUACUUCCUAAUCAAAGCAAUAGUUGUCACCAUUCUCAUGGUAGUGUCUGUUUGCGCUCAGAACGCCUACAUUAACCUGCCUGCGCCUGGCUCCGAUAUUACUGCAGGCACCAACUUUACUGUGCAAAUAGGCCUCCCGAACAAUCUCACUGGCGGUAAGGAGAUAGCGAUUGUAAUUGCUAUCCAGUCUUGCCCAACUGGGGACUGUCUGCCCAUUAGUGAGGAUAUGGGUACUCUCUUGUACGAAGGCCCAUUCAAUCCUCAGUAUGGGUCGGGCGCGGAAGACCCAUAUGAGGACUUCUCUGUUCAAAUCCCCGCAUCCUUCGCUACCGGGCAAGCACAGCUUGGACUUGCUCAUUUUAACCUCGUUGGAGAGCUUUACUGGCCGUACUUACAACUCGUGAAUGAGACUGUUUACGUUGUUUAGGUGGCCCUGCACCAAGGCUGUACGAUAUAUAUGAUCUACACAGUUGAUGUAAUACACGAUGUCUGCCGCGUUGAAAUAAUAAUCACAUGUGUGUUCCAGAGCGCGGUCGCCCAUCAAAAUAAUCACCAUACCGACUG